AUGCCCUCGUCGUCUCGGCUUCCGUACUCGCAGUCGUCUCGUCUGCCCUAUCCGGCGUCCAACGUUGCACCGGCGAUGGCCAGCCCAAUAACUGUGAAUUCUCACCGAAACUCGACGCUCGUUCAUCGUGGGUUCUAUGACUUGCUUUCAUUGGUCCCUGGUACUGCCGGUGUGGGGGUUGGGACGAGAAGAGGAAAGGUGAAUGAUAUGUGGCCGCAUGACGAGCUAGUGCCGGGGCAGAGGUACGAGGACAUAGGAAUGGGAGGACCCCCACCCGCUCCUCCACCUGGAGGCAUUUAUCCCUUCAACCGGAGUUGCUGUAUCGCCACCUACCCUAGCCUCCCAAAGGCAAGCGGAAUUUUGAGUCAUCUGGUCCAUGCCUCUGACGCAGAUCAGGCCGAAGCAUUGCUGAGUCGGUGGGGACCAGAUGGAAUAGGAAAAUUAGGAAAUCCAAAUUGGGCUCAACCGAUCAAGACUCAAAUUCGCUCUAAGCAGCAAGAACGAGCUGUGGCGGAGGUAAUGCACGCAAUGGAUGCUACUCCUUCUACAUCCUCGGCUAGCGCUCUAGUGCUUCGUGUGGUCAAUGGCAUGUCCACAUCCACAUUAACCACAUCAACUGUCGCGCCAUCGACACCUGGAGCUGAGAAGACCUAUUCCCGCCUUGCGAAUUCCAACUCCCGACUUGGGCUCAGUCCGCCACUCGAAACUCAGCACGAGCACUCUGGAGAAGAAUCAACUGACGCUAAAGCUGGUCAUACGAGCGAAGGCAGUGAGAUCACGAUCAAGGGUCGAUCCAUCGUACCACAUCCACCAAAGCAGGCUCAAGCCACUGUUAGUCCCGACCUAGGUCAGGUCGAAAUGGUUGCGAGCCCACUUGUGCGCAGGGAAGGCGUGGGAAUUGGGCAUCCGAUCGGGCCGAGGAGCCCUGGGAAUCCACCCCAGCCCCGAUCUCCUGGCCGAAUUGCCGUGCCGCCUAGAUCUCCAGACCGACCGAUGGGACCGAGGCCACCUGGCGACAGUUCUGCAGUACCAUAUUCUCCAGCGCAAUCUGUGCCGUAUUCCCCGACGCAACCAGCUACACCAUAUACUCCACAACAUACACCCUGGCUACCGACGACACCUCCUAAACCAGAUUUUGCCCCCGCAACUCCACCCAAAGACUUUCCGCCACCCACACCACCCAAGCGCGCCGACUUGGGCUAUCCUAUAUCCCCAAAACGUGAUAUCACUCCCGUAACGCCCAAGCGUGAGUUCCAACCAGCGACGAUGCCUCUCAAACGUUCGACAUCACGACCGUUACCUAUUCCUGCCGGUGGUGCAAUCGGAGCUCCUGAAGACCCAUUGGCCAUGUUUGCGAAUGAGCUAAUGAGAGGCGUGAAUGGUGGAGCUAGUACGUACCCUUUAUCCUCAUUAUCCUUGGCCCCGAGUACAUUGACUGAUAUGCCUCGAGGUCCUAUUCCUAUCCCCGGCUUACCUGGUUCGCCUCCAAAAUCGGGUCUUCCUGGAUCUCCUGGGACACCUGGAACAAUUCGAAUCCACCCUGAGGGUACGCCCCUUCCUGCCCCUACUCCGGGGGCCUGGGGGGCAACUGCUAUCAAAGAGGACGCGGAAAUAGCUAAUUCACCCGGUACCAAUAGUGGCGGAAUCGGUGUCCCUCGUGGCUUUACAAACUCGAUCAUUGGAGGAACGGGAGAUAAGUGGGCUACAGGGCCAAAUGUCAAUCGUCAGUAUUACCAUCUUAUCAUUGGCUUCGUUAUCCUGACAUAUUCUCUACCUCAUUGGGGAUCUAUUAAAUCAAAUCAUUCAUAUCCAGCUCCCUCUAAACUAUUCCGACCAUCGCUUACUACGCUCGAUAAGGCUGUUUCGGCAAAAAUUUACUUUGAGAAUGUAUAUUUCCCGUUGCUACGACUUCCGCCUUCCAGAGAGCAGAGGCGUCUGGCCAUGGAGGCCGAGAUGGAACAGCUCAAUAUUCCCCAACAUAUGCGCACUCAGCUCCGUGCAAGAUGGCGAGCCAAUGAGACCGCUUACCUUCGCGAACGACGGCGACGAGUUGAUCAACGUUCGUUUGUCAAGCUCAAGACGAUUGGGCAUGGAGCUUUUGGUGUUGUCAGUCUCGUGAAGGAGAAAGAUACCGGGGAACUCUACGCAAUGAAGCAGAUGCGCAAAGUCGAUAUGCUUCGCAAAGGCCAAGAAGGACAUGUGCGCGCGGAGCGAGAUGUACUCAAGGGAGCAGCGCUCGUAUCUAGUCCGACUGGAGCGGACUGGAUCGUUCGGCUAUUUUAUAGCUUCCAGGACCAGGACCAUUUGUAUCUUGUACUCGAGUUUAUGGGCGGAGGUGAUCUAUUGAAUUUGUUGAUCGAGAAAGAUAUUUUUGAAGAGGACUUUGCCAAAUUUUACAUUGCCGAGAUGAUUCUUGCGAUCGAGCAAUGUCAUAAGCAAGGGUUUAUUCACAGAGACAUCAAGCCUGAUAACUUCUUGUUUGACCCCAAUGGGCACAUCAAACUGAGUGAUUUUGGGCUGGCUACUGAUCUGCACUGGGCGCAUGAUACAUCUUACUAUGAGCAACAGCGAAGGGAUCUACUUCACAAACAUGGUAUUGAUCUGGAAGAUGGAGAGACUCGUACUCAUAAGAACCGUCGAAUGGACAAGUUUGAAGCUGAUCGUGUGAUGGGAGGUGAGGGUGUGUUCACUUGGCGCGAGAAAAACCGAAAGAAGCUAGCGUAUUCGGUUUGCGGGACGAACUCGUAUAUGAGCCCAGAGGUUAUUCGAGGUCAAGGAUAUUCCUUCUCUUGUGAUUGGUGGAGCCUGGGUGUUAUAAUGUUCGAAUGUUUGUACGGCUAUCCCCCAUUCGUCAGCAAUUCGCGCCACGUUACGCGUCAGAAGAUCCUCAACUGGCGAACAUCCCUCCGUUUCCCGCCUCGGCCAAAAAUAUCUCGUGAAGGUGUUGACUUGAUGGCACGCCUUUUGUGUGAACCAGAGGAUCGUAUUGGAGCACAAGGUGGACUUCCGCCAGGGAUGAACCGGCGCAGUGGAUUCCUCGGUGGUAGCCUAGAUGGGGCGGAUGACAUCAAGGCCCAUCCAUGGUUCAGGGACAUUGAUUUUGCACGCAUACAUGAACAAGAGGCGCCAUUCAGGCCCGAACUACAGCGCCCAGAUGAUACGAAGCAUUUCGAUACAGAAAUCGCACCCGAGCCCCUCGCACCAGCCAACGGUGCUCCCCCAGACGCAACACGAGACCCAAUGUUACGACACAAAGUACACGGUGCCCACAUCCUCGAGACCCGAAAGGCAUUUGCAUUCGCCGGUUUUACACACAAAAGCCCGCGCAAGAUCAGCUAUACCACUAUUGAUGCUAUCCUCAAACCUUUUGAGGAUAACGACGCCAAACGAGUCCCUGCAGCACAUGGAGGAGAUGAUGAACAAAGAGGCCGGUCGACCCUUAGGGAACAGGAAACCGUCGGGCGCGGAAGAGCUAUAUCCAUGUAA